CCGCCUCCUCGUACCACCGCCUCCUUCUACUCCCACGACCUCCUAGCGCACACCCAGCCUCUAUCUCUUUCGGCUUGCCCUUUUCUCUCCUAUACCUUGAACCCUCCCACUAGUAUCCACCCGGUUUUGAUAUAGCUCGUCCCUUUCCCCAACUUCGACUUUCCACUCAUGAAAUUUACCUCAAGCAUUCUCUUGCUGACAUUUGUCUGUUUGAGCCAGCCGUCCGCGCAUGCCGCGGGCGUAGAUAUCCAGGCUGCUAUCCAGAAGGCAGGCUCCUAUAUUGUCGAGCUCGAUGGCACUCCCGGCAACACCAACAUCCAGGCAAUCACCAACAGUCACUUCACAGAGCUAUUCAAUGGCUUUACUUUGCAUGCCAACAAGGACUUUGAUCCGAUCCAGAUUGCCUCAAUCCCAGGAGUCAAGCGUUAUCAGGCAUCGCCAACAAACAUCACAUAUCCGUACCUGCACCAUGCUACUGGUGUUGAUGCUGUUGUGCAGAACCUCGGGUUCACUGGAAAGGGCGUCAAGAUCGGUGUUGUUGACAGCGGCGUCGAUUUCAACCAUCCCGAACUCGGCAACUGCUGGAAGACCUUGGCUGCAUUCCCUGUUGUCAAGCCUGGGCCACACCCAAUGGAUUGCAUGGGCCACGGAACUCACGUUGCUGGCAUCAUCGCUGGCCAAGGACCUCAAGUGAUUGGUGUUGCUCAAGAUGCCACCAUGGGCAUGUAUCGCGUGCGCGACAUUAUCUCGCUGUCGCUGGGCGGCGGUGGCUGGCCCGAGGACCCAACAUCAGUUGCCUGCUCAAACAUGGUCAAGAAGGGUAUCAUCGUCGUUGUGGCCAAUGGCAAUGACGGCGACGCUGGUCUGUUCACUGCUGGAUCUCCGGGGCUCGGUCAUGGCGUAAUCAGCGUUGGAUCAGUCGACAAUUGGAACAUAACGGGAAUGCCAUUGAUGUGCAAACGGGAUUUUCCGUUUGUCUUUGAAAACAAUGUGCCACUGGUCACCGUCGUCGACUCUGCAAACAGCAAGCUGGGCUGCGCCACGAUCAGCCAGGACCUGAAGGGCAAGGUUGCGCUUAUCCAGCGUGGCAAUUGCACGUUCAACGAGAAAGCAGCAAAUGCCCAGGCUGCUGGGGCAGCUGGAGUAAUCGUCUACAACAACGCACCUGGUAUGAUGAGUCCAUCGGUUACGGACCCCAGCGUUACUAUUCCGGUUGUUAUCAUUACUCAAGAAGACGGCGCGUAUGCUGUCAGUGCCUUGGCCAGCGGGAAUGUUACUGUUAAGGCGCCCAAGAGCAACAUGUCAGAUUUCAGCUCGUAUGGUCCGUCACCGGAGCUGGAUAUCGCACCUAUUGUUUCCGCUCCUGGCGGCAACAUCUAUUCGACAUAUCCGCUGAAACUUGGCGGCUACAUAUCAAUGUCUGGAACCUCGAUGGCCACACCGUACAUCUCGGGUACCGCUGCUCUGUUCAAGCAAGCACAUCCGAAAUACAGUGUCGACCAACUACGCCAGGCCCUUUCUACUACUGCCAAGCCUCGCAGCGACAAGACCACUGGCAAGAACAUCCACCCGUACUGGAGCGGCAGCGGCCUGGUCAACAUCUUUGACGCUAUCAAUUCGCGUGUUGAGUUUUCGCCGUCAGCGCUUGCGCUCAACAACACCAUGAGUGGGCCGCUCAGCUCUGUGUUUGGCUCAAUGAUGGGGUACUUCCCUCGCUGGUCUGUACGCAGAGUGUCGAUCAAGAAUACCGACCCGCACAAGGCGGCCCGCAUCUCCUUCAGCAACUCUGUUGCAGACUCACUCACACCAUGGGCGGCUGAUGGUACAUUCAACCCGAAACCUCGUACUGGCUGGAGCACUAUGCCCCAGGCAUAUGCACCUGAACUUCACAGUAACAACCUGGUUGGUCCUGGCCAGACACGCAAUAUUGCUGUUGUAAUCACUGCCCCGUAUGGCCUGAAGGACUCUGAGCGCUGGUUCUACGGUGGAUUCCUGAACUUCACCAUGUCCUGGGGAUUCCCACUGCUAGCCGAUGCAAGCGGCAAUGUAACCACAGCACCUGUCACUGAAAAGACCCCGCAGGUUUUCAACUUCCGUCUUGAGCUUCCAUCACGCCUUGUCUCAAUCACGCUGCAAGAUUCAAAGAAGAAGACGAUGGGGUAUCUUCCAGGCGGCUACCUUGAGUACGUCUCGCGCAACCUGCAGACCCCAGAAACCUUCAUGUACUCGGCUGUGGUCAACGGCACAGUAUUCAAGGAUACGCUGAUGACACAGCGGGUGAAGGUCCCUGCUGGCCAGUACCAGAUCAACCUGAAUGCACUUCGUCCGCUCGGAAACCCCAAGAACCCCAAGGACUACCAGGCUUGGACAUUCACCUGCGAUCUCCAUUUGC